GGAGAGCAGUAAAGCAGUCUUAUUAUCAAACAGAUGGAAGACGAGCUGCCCCGGAGCACCGGAACAUCACCGGCGGCAGAAUCUACGCCGCCGCAGCAGGCGGAGUUGCGGCAGCCGCUGCCGCAUAAUAAGGAAAUCGAGCAAGUGGUCGAGAGACUUCUAAGAAGUGGGAAUUUAAAUGCCCAAAUAGAAGCAGCAAAAGACGUGAGAAAACUCGUCAGAAAGUCGAAAUCUUCUUCCUCCAAAACCCGUUCUCGUUUGGCUGCCGCUGGCGUCAUUCCGCCCCUCGUUUCUAUGCUUCAUCAGCCUGCUGCUCGAGAGCCCGCCCUCCUUGCCCUCCUUAAUCUUGCUGUUCGCAAUGAACGAAACAAGAUCGGGAUAGUUACGUCUGGUGCUGUUCCCCCUCUAGUUGAGCUCCUGAAACUUGAAAAUGGCAAUUUAAGAGAAUUGGCAACUGCAACUAUGUUAUCAUUGUCAGCAGCAGCAGCUAAUAAGUCAGUAAUUGCAGCUUCUGGAGUUGCACCUCUUUUGAUGCAGAUACUUGUCUCUGGAAGUGUUCAAGGAAGAGUUGAUGCUGUCACAGCUCUCCACAAUCUCUCAACUAACAAAGAAGAACCUAAGCUGGUUCUCGAUGCUAGAGCAGCUUCUCCGUUAAUAAAACUCCUUAAGGAAUGCAAAAAAUACUCAAAGCUUGCUGAGAAAACAACAGCCCUGCUCGAGAUCCUUUCUCAUUCUGAAGGAGGACGGUCGGCAAUAACAAAUGUGGAUGGUGGAAUACUGACUCUAGUUUUAACAGUUGAGGAUGGAUCUCUUGUUAGCACAGAACAUGCAGUUGGAGCAUUACUGUCGUUGUGCCAGAGCUGCCGAGAUAAAUAUAGGGAUCCCAUUCUUAAUGAAGGCCCCAUUCCAGGCCUCCUACGACUCACUGCAGAGGGUACACCUCAAGCUCAGGAAAGAGCUAGAAAACUUUUGGACCUGCUUAGAGACUCCCCUCCUGACAAAAAGAUGUCAUCUGCUGUAUUUGAGAAAAUAGUAUAUGAUUUUGCUACACGAGUUGAUGGAACAGAUAAAGCGGCAGAAAUAGCCAAGAGAUUAAUGGAAGACAUGGUUAAUAGAAGCAUGGAGCUCAGCAUGAACCGUAUGGAGAUAAGGGCUUCAUCCUGUACCCCUUCAUAGCUUUUGUUCAUAUUACUAAUGCAUUUGGUUUGGAGAUCAGGUUUCUACUUAACUAGUCUCAGUUUUUUCCCUCAGUCAUUCAUGAAAGUGAAACUGCACAGUUAACUUACGUUAGAUAGCACAGGCUGGUGAUACGAUUUUAGUCCCUUUGAGGUGAUUUUUAUGACCUUGCUGGGAUUUGGACAUCUUUAACUUUGAUCUCACAAGUUCAGAAGAUUAAUUCUUGUAAACUACGUUCAUAGAUCGUGUUGUAAACAUGAAGGCAACGCCCUGAAACUGGACAAGAAGAAAGUAUCUCAAAUUGUACAAAUCAUAAUGAACUUAACCAUUAUGUUGUUAUUCCCAUCCACAAAAAUAACUUGGC